GAUUUCUCCAAACUGGACCGAUUUAAUGUCUACAGACAGCAGAAAUAGCACGAUUAGCGCGGUUAAUGUGUGAAAACUGGUAGCGGUAACAGGUGCAUGCUAACGCGCGCUCCCGUGAGAUGCGCGCAACAGAUGUAGGUGUUAUCGCAGAGGAGCGCGCCAAAUAGGAAGCAGGGCAGCUGUGAGUGUGACAACAAACCGCUUGAACCUCCGGACUAAUCUUUAUCAACACCUAUGACUCCUUGACCCAGCCGUGCUAUCCGGACCGAACACCGAACAGCCCGGACACAGUUUGCCGUCAUGGAGGCAGACAGUGUGAGCAUAUGGCCACGUAUGGAGCCCUUCUUACUGGGCGCCUUGCAGGUGGCUCCCUCCUCCAAACUCAGCCUGCACUACCUUCGUAAGAUGGCAACAUAUGUCCGAACACGGGACGGCUGCUUCCCCAUCCUGGGCUGGCCCAUGUGGAGGCAUAUCGCCUGUGGAAAGCUGCAGCUUCCAGAAGACCUUGCAUGGCUUUACUUUGAAACUUUUGACCUUCUUAUAGGCCACACACCAGAGGAGAGGCUGGAGUGGGCAGAGUGUCUUUCCCAGUGUUCUUCCAAAAGCGAGCUUGACCAACAAAGGAGCAAGCUGUCUGUGGACACGCUGCAGUUCCUCCUCUUCCUCUACAUCCAGCAGCUGAACCGAGUGUCUCUGCGAACCUCCCUGAUCGGGGAAGAGUGGCCGAGCCAUCGCACUCGAUCCCCAGGUCCAUCAGACCGGGAGGCCAAGACCAGCUCUCAGAAUAAGAACUGGGAUGAUCAGGCCCACCUGUCAUUUGUUCAAAGCCAUCUGGCGGAAAUUUUGGAGCUGCUAGUGGAGCCCAGCCAGCUGUCUCAGUCUGGACAGGCCUUAAGAGACUGCCAGAUAUCCCUGGAUGCUGUGCGGAGUUUGGGGAUGCUCCUGGAGGGCUCAGCUUGUCCCAGUAGACCCGUCUAUCCCGUCCACCGGCUGCUGACCAAAGGUCCACUCCAGACACAAGCCAGUUACUCCUCAUUGACCCGCUCCUUCCCUCUGCACAAACUCCUCUCCUGCCUCCAGCACAGCCUCACGGUCAACCCCUUCGGCAUAACAGCCUGCCUCCGCUCAGGAAAGAAACUCGCCUGGGCUCAACAAGUUGAAGGAGCCAUGAAGAGAGCCAGGAUAGCCAGGAACACCCACACAGCUCCGCCCGGCAGCAAGAUGGUGCUGAUGUCCCAGGUCUUCAAACAAACGCUGGCGAAAACAUCAGACAAGCUGACUGGUGCCAACAUCAAAAUUCACAGAUGCUCUGACGCCUUCAUUUACCUGCUCUCACCUCUCAGAUCCGUCAGUGUGGACAAAUGCCGGGACAGCACCGUGUUUCUGGGUCCUGUUGAGACCAGCGUCCACAUCCACGGCUGCCACAACUUGCGGGUGGUGUGCGUUGCCGGAAGAAUCGCCAUCGGAGCCUCCUCUCGCUGCACCAUCCACGCCCUGACACCCACCCGCCCGCUGCUCCUGCCCGGAAACACAGACAUCACCCUGGGUCCCUUCCACACCUUCUACCCCUCCCUGGAGGACCACAUGGCCAGUGUGGGGCUGGCCGUGGUCCCCAACGCCUGGGAUCAGCCCCUGCUCCUGGGGACCGAGGGCCUCGCCAGCCCCCCUCCCAACACGUCGUCCAGCCCGGACCACGCCUGCUUCCGCCUGCUGCCUCCGUCUGAGUUCCACACCAUAGUCGUGCCUUUCGAGAUGGAGGGCGACACAUGCGAGGUGCCCGGCGGGUUUCCUCCUCUGUACCAGGCAGCGCUCGAUGAAAAGGACAAGAGGAUACAGAACUGGCAGAAGACGGUGAUGGAGGCUCGGCUCAACAAGGAGCAGAGGAGACAGUUCCAGGAGCUGGUGGAGGUCAAGUUCCACAAGUGGCUUCUGGAAACGGGGCACCGGCAGGAGCUGGACAGCCUCAUCCCACCUACGAUGGCUUCUGUACAGGACUCCAACGGGCCGGCAGCAGACACCACCCGGGUUAACGACAGCAAACACAUCAGGACUGGACGGGGGGAGGGACGCUCACCUAUGGCUUGUUGAAUUACUGGGUUAAUUGCACCUGUAGAUUAGGACAGCGUCGCUCAGGCACGUCUGGAGCUGCUCAUCCAGCCUGCAGAGCGACUAACCGGUAUGUCCAACUUCACGUCUUAAGAAAAGGCAGCUAAUUCAUCACCAGGCCGAGCAGGGAGUGGCUCGGCAUGCUGUAAAACAACAGCACAAGCAUUACUCCUCUGAGGGGAAACACAGGUGGAGCAUGUCUCAAGUCACUGCAGGCAUUUAAAGGGGUGUUUUGGAGCAACUUCUCUUUGGAUUUAAUGCUGAACAUCGUGUUUAGAGGACAGAAAAUCUAAAUUUGGUCCAAAAAAAGUCUAAGGAACCACCAUGAUUUACUGUCAGCUAAGCAGAAAUCCCCUAAAAUGUGUUCUCUGAUGCAGUAAUAGCUCUUAUAUCUCUACUAGAACACAAUUUUAAGUGUUAUAUUAACUAGCGGUACAGUGUUCGUGUGCAAAAAGGAGAAUUUGAGACUUAUUGUGUCAACUAACAACACUUGCGACUCGCUUCAUCAGUUUUCAGUGGCGGUUGCAGCCUUACAAAAAGUAUAGUGAGGCCAAGAUCCUGGAGGACUCUGACUGCUACCUUUCCUUCUUCCAUACAGUCUGGAAUUAUUGUUCUUCUCCCCAUAAACUACAUCUGUAAAGAAAUAACAAAGGGAAAUUCAUGUGCAUUCAAAGAUGCAGAAUGUAGAUGUUAAAUUAAUUUAGCACUAUGGGUAUAAAGGACAUUUAAGUAGCUAUUAGCUCAGGUCAUGAUAUUUUUUUGCUAUUGAAAUAUUAAAAAAUAAUAAUCAAGUAAUUUCCAUUAUCAGGGGAAAAAAAGAAGGAUUAUUAAAAGAAUUUAUUUUAGAUGUGUGACUUAUCCCUUAAUUUAUUCAAAACCACAAAAGAAGCUGAUUGGUCAGAAUUUACAAAUCCUAAAAAUAUUUUUCUAUUAAUUCACCUUUAUGAAUAUGUAUAUUUUAGCUGUGUAGAAAAAUUAUUCAUGAGUAUACCUUGAACCAGAUUUAGGAUUUAAUACCUCCAAGUGUACUUCAGGCAUUUAGAUUCUGUUUUGUGUGUUCAUAGAAUAAAACAAACAUUAGAUUCAUUAUGACAUCUUUUAAGGCAGCAUUGUUUUUGUUACAGGAAGUGAAAGAAGCAAGUGCUGGAAAACGUUACUGUGAAAGAUGAAAGAUUUUACACUGUAAAAUUCCUUACUGCUGUUUUUUUUUUUUUUUUUUUACUUUAAAAACACUCCCGCUGGUUUGAACACGAGUGUAGUUAUGAAUUGAAGAGCACAAAGCAGAUUUUGAUUGUUAAUAAAGAAAAAAAACAAAUAUUUUCACUGAAGCCAGCUCACCUCCUGCUUAUUGUUUUAGCACAGUAAGGCAAUAAAGCACAAAAUUAUUCAUAAACAUGCCAAAUUUUGAUUUAAAGUGAAUUUUUAUUUGACUAAUAGAUUUGUUCUGGCUAGAAAUGACACUUAAGUGACAAAAGACAGAACUGAAAACAAAAAAUUCUAACUAUUUCUACAUUUUAGCUAAAAAAGCAAUGUCCAAAAGUAAACAAAAACACACUUAAGUGGUUAAAAUUAACCACUAACUUCUAUAGAACAUGCUAUUACAGUCUUUUAGCACUUGUUUAUGACAUUUCCUGCCAGAAAGAAACUGUUGGUCAUAUAAAAAUCUUCUAUAAAUCAAAACAUGGCAUGGCUAAUUAUAAUUUUAUACUUAACUUUAUGUAACGAAUGUGUUUAAAAGGAACAAAUUCUUAAUAAAGUUCAUGUAAAUAACUCCAGUAAUUUGGAUUCUAGCGAUGCUGCGAACACUACAUGUGGCAAAAGUUAUUUUACUUAAGUUCUACACUUAAAGAUUUAACUUUUUACUUAACUUCCACUCCACAUUUCAGUAAAUUAACAUUCGACAUUACAUUUAUUUGAAACUGUAGUUAAGGCCUGACUUUACAUAGAAGAUAUAUGAUAUAAAAUAGGAUGCUGUGACACAAAUAGUCCUACAGCAAACAUAAAACAGUUCAAAUUAGCUUCGUAUUGACCAACUACAUUGCUAAAAAUGUUACUUAACAUAGGGCAUGUCAGUAAAAAUCAAUAUCAAAUAUACAGAUUAUACAAUAAAAGAUUUAACAGUUUAUAAGUCGUGUUUUUAUGCAAGAAUACUUUUACUUUUUUACUUUUUACCAAACUCCAUCACAUUUGUUUGCAACUACGACUUUACAUUAAAUAAUAUAUGAUAUAAAAUAAGAUGUUGUGACAGAAAUAGUUCUACAGCAAACAUGAAAUAGUUCAAAUUAGCUUCGUAUUGACCAAGUAUACUAGUCAAAAAUGCUGCUUAACAUCGGGCAUGUCAGUAAAAAUGAGUAUAUAAUGAAAAGUAAACACAAUUUAUUAGUCACAAAGGCUUUUUUCUGCAGGAAUAAUUUUACUUCAGAUGCUGCAGAAAUGAACAUACUCCAUUUAUUUGCAACUAUAGUUUGGACUUGACUUUACAUUAAAAAAAAAGAUAUCAAAUAGGAUGCAAUGACACAAAAAGUCCUACAGAAUGCAUAAAAUGGUUAAAAAUAGCUUCGUAUUGACCAACUACACUGGUAAAAAUGCUGCUUAGCAAAGGUGAUAUCAGUAAAAAUCAAAAUAUAA